UUUCGCUCGAAACCGCUAGCAAGCUCAAGGGACAAUGGCGGCCGAGGUCCCGACAGCGAGCGAGAGUCUCCUCGUCAUUGAUGCCGCCUCCGACUUGCUUCCGAUUAUACCGAGCGACAACCAAACAAGUCCGCUGCCCAAGGAAGCCCCCGAAAUGCCAAGUCUCGCAAAAACCACCCCGCCCCCCGCCCCCCUCCCGCAUCGUCGUCUCUCAAAGCACGCGAUCGAGGCCGCCAGCGUCAAGGUGGUCGCGUCGACCGAGGUGGCCGAACCCUCCAAGCUGGACGCCACGGCGGACGCUGAGCCCACUGCACCUGAAAAAACGAGUCCGCCGAAACCCAUCCUCGUACCGUCGGGCGCCCCCCGCAGCCAUCGGGACGACGCCCCCGAACCGGCCAGUAGUAUGCACUUUGAGAUGUAUGAAGACGACUCGGACGAGACGCCGUUGCUCGAAGCCAAAAGCGAUGCGACAUCAUCGCCCAUCUACGACGACGAGUGGGUCGUCUGUCAAACCGAGGUAGGGUACGCGUACUACUACAACACGCGGACCCAUGCGUCGCAGUGGGAAGCGCCGCUCGCUGACGACAACGGUCGCGAUGCCUUCUUUAGUGCGGUGACCGCAGGCGAUGUGGGCGCGACGACGCGGCUGCUCUUGCGCCAUGGACGGCAACUGCUUGACGCCACGGACCACAACGGGCGAUCCGCUGUGUGGUAUGCGCUUGGACACAUGAGCAUGGCGCAGCUUCUCUUUGAGAGCGGUGCGAACUUGGACCUCACGGACGUGGACGCAAACGGCCUCGUGCACGUCGCGACGCGACAGCGCAACAUUGCCUUUCUCACACUCCUCGCGGUCUACGGCGCGAACUUGGACCUCGCAGAUGGUGCGCAGCAGACAGCGCUGCACAUUGCCGCCGCGUGCGGGUACCAGCGCUGCGUGGACGUGCUACUGCGGCACGGCGCGACGCCCGACGUGCUCGACUCGGCCGCUCGGUCGCCGCUGCAGCUAAGUACGCUGGGCAACCAUGUAUCGUGCGUCCAGCUGCUACAGACAGCUUCGGCGCAGCCAGCCGAGAGGUCUGACACCGCUUUGCUGGCGCAGCGGGCAGAGUUUGAACGCGAGAUGCAAAAGGCGCUGGCGCAAUGCGACGAGCUGCAGCAGCGCUACACGACGCUCGAGACCGCGCACCGCAUCGCCAACGCCCGCAUUGUCAUGCUCGAGGCGGUUGUCGACCGCUGCGAGAAGGACCUCGAUGCUGAGCGCGCGCUCUUGUGGCAAAAGGAACAAGCUUUCAACGACGCCCAGCAAGCCCAGUAUGCUACGCUCCAAGACCUCCAGCGUCAAGUCGACGACGUCGUUCAAUUCGCUGCACGAUCCCGGUGCGAAGUGACCGCGCUGUCCGAAAGCCACGCCCCCGAACGAGAGAGCGCGGGGCCCCUAUACGUCGAGGAAGAUGACGCGACAUCGUUGGAGCCGUCCGACACGAUUGCAUUUGACGAUGACGAGAUGAACGGUGUCGUCAAGGUUGACGAGACACCGAUUGCGCCGGAGCGUGUCGGGGCCAUCUGGAGUGCCUUCUUCAACAACGCUGCCAAAGCACGCGCACACGACGACGGUCCGUCCAAGGUUUUGGACGCCGUUUAUGACGGCGACCUUGUCACGCUGCAAGCGCUCCUCGUGCACGGCGCGUCACCGGAUUCGCGCAACGACGACGACCAGACGCCGCUGCACAUUGCGUAA